GGAGAACAAGCAGGUCGCUGACUGAACAGGCAGAGGGGCAGAUUGUGAUCCAGCUGUCUGACGCUCUGACAGAAACCCUGCUGAAAGUCCAAGCAGCAUGUCAGAGAGCCUGGGUCUUUGCCCACCAGGCAAGAUGGAGUCCUCUGAGCAGCAGCAGCUGUGUGUCUUUGGGACCGGGGACUUGGGUCGCUCUCUGGGUCAGCGUUUGCUCCAGACUGGAUUCAAGGUUGUGUACGGCAGCCGCAGACCCGACAGCUGUGGCCCCCUGCCUUAUGGAGCUCAGGUGAGGAGCCACAUGGAAGCAGCCCAGGCGGCCAGGCUGGUCUUCAUUUGUGUUCACAGAGAAAACUACAGCUUCCUGGAGAGCCUUGCUUCCCAACUGACGGGCAAGGUUCUGGUGGAUGUCAGCAACAACCGGAAGAAGGGCCUUUACCCCGAGGCCAAUGCUGAGUUUCUGCAACGAAUGCUACCUGGAUCUUAUGUGAUCAAAUGCUUUAACACAUUGUCGUCGUGGAGCCUGCAGAACGGACCUUCUGAUGCCUGCAGGCAGGUGCACCUGUGUGGGAACAACGCUGACGCCAAGCAGGCAGUUGCUGAAGUGGCCACUAAGUUGGGAUUCAUAGUCCUGGACAGAGGCUCCUUGUCCGCUGCUGGAGAACUGGAGGACUUUCCCCUCCAACUCUUCCCGGAGUGGAGGCUUCCACUCCGCGUUGCCCUCAGUCUCAUCACCUUCUUCUUCUUCUACCUGCUCAGCAGAGAUGUCAUCUUUGCAUACGUUACACAGGGGACUGACAUCUCCUUCAGGAUCAUGGUGUCUCUGGCCAAUAAGGUGUUCCCCAUCGUGGCGCUCAUCAUGUUAGCGCUGUGCUACCUGCCUGGUGUCAUGGCUGCUUUCCUUCAGCUGCACAGAGGAACCAAAUACAGCCGUUUCCCAGACUGGCUGGAUCGCUGGAUGCUGUGCAGGAAACAGCUGGGCCUGGUGGCCCUGGCCUUGGCCUUCCUCCACGUCCUCUACACGCUGAUCAUUCCUAUCAGAUAUUACGUGAGAUACAGGAUCGGGCAGAGCAUCAUCAAACAGAUCCAGGAGAACCAAACGGCGAAGUUCGACACCACGUUGGCCUGGCGCAGCGACUCCUACUACUCCAUGGGAAUCCUGGGAUUUGCCUUCUUUGUCCUGCUGGGAAUAUCAUCCCUGCCUUCUGUCAGCAACGCUCUCAGCUGGCGGGAAUUCCACUUCAUUCAGUCCAAGCUGGGCUACCUGACCUUGUUCCUCUGCACCCUCCACACCUACCUCUAUGGCUGGGACAGGUUUUUAAAGCCAACCACCUACAAGUGGAACACUCCACCUGGGUACUUGCUGUGUCUGGUGGUUCCCACUGUGGUGCUGCUCCUGAGGCUGCUCAUCCUCCUGCCGUGUCUGGACCGCACCUUGACCCGGAUACGUCAGGGCUGGGAGCGGUCGCAGUCAGACGAGCAGAAAACUCUGUUAGCAUAGGCAGGCAGUUGUGCACAGUAUACAAGUGGACACACUCUUGCUGACCCUCAAACAUGCUGAACCACGGACCAUAAUGAGUGCUAUCAUCUUGAUUUAAAAGCACCCCGUUCUUCAAUAAAAGAUCCUGUUUACUCGU